AUGUCUCUCUACCCGAGUGGAUUGCCUCACUUGACACUGGCCAGCGGGCUAGAUGUUCACCAGCUGAUCCUAUUUUUUGGUGCAGCGUCCGUUCUUCUCUUGCUCUUCAAGCUGGCGAAUCAAACCGACAUUCCCAAAAUCAAGCAUCUUCCUGAAUUGCCAGGGGUUCCAGUCUUUGGAAGCUUGUUGCAUUUGGGCAAACACCACGCCCGUAACUGCGCUAGAUAUGCCAAGACCUAUGGUGAUGUCUUCCAGGCGCGUCUUGGGAACAGGAGAUUUAUCUACGCCAACUCCUUUGAAGCAGUCAAGGAGUUAUGGAUUAAAAAUCAGUCGGCUCUCAUCUCUCGACCUACAUUCUGGACGUUCCACGAUAUUGUCUCUGAGACUCAAGGUGUUUUCACCCUCGGAACCUCUCCCUGGAAUGAGUCUGUGAAGAAGGCUCGGAAGGCCGCUGCCACCGCUCUCAAUCGACAAGCCGUUCAAACAUAUCUGCCGUUUAUUGAUCUUGAGUCAAUGACCAGCAUCAACGAACUGUUCAGGAAUCAGAAACUUGAUGACGACAUCGAUCCCAAUGGCUACUUUCAGCGGUUUUCGCUCAACAUCAGUUUGACUCUUAAUUAUGGUAUUCGACUAGACGGUACUAUCCGUGAUCACACUCUGAGUGAAGUCGUGACUGUCGAGCGAGAGCUGGGCAACAUUCGUGGCAUUGCUCAUAACUGGCAGGACUAUAUUCCGCUUCUGAGACUCUGGCCCAGAUACAAGAAGAACGCAAUCAAGUUCCGCUCUCGUCGUGAUGAGUAUAUUCUUUCGUUCUUCAACCAGCUGAAGGAGAGAAUCGCCAAGGGGACCGACAACCCCUGUAUCGCGGGAAAUGUGCUCAAGGACCCGGAGGCCAAGCUUGGUGAAAGGGAGCUGAAGUCAAUCUGCCUGACUAUGGUUGCUGCCGGCCUCGACACUCUUCCUGGAAAUAUCAUGACUAUCGCCUACUUCUCUUCGCCCCACGGCCAAGAGAUCCAGGAGCGCUUACACAAGGAAAUCAUCGCUGCCUACCCCAACGAGGACCCGUGGCAUGCAGUGUUGGUUGAAGAGAAAUGCGAAUACAUGCGAUCCUUUGUGAAGGAGGUCCUUCGAUACUGGUCGACCCUGAACCUCUCCUUUAACAGACUGAGCACCAAAGAUAUUCAAUAUAAAGGUGCUACUAUUCCCGCCGGUACUCCUUUCCUGUUGAAUAUGUGGGCUGCAAACCACGACCCUGAACAGUUCAACAGCCCUAUGAAAUUCGCCCCAGAUCGAUUCAUGGACAUCAAUGGGGCAGGCGCUGGAACCCAGCACUAUGGAUACGGUGCCGCUACGCGGAUGUGUGCUGGAGCACACCUUGCUAAUCGUGAGCUGUACGCGAUUUUCAGUCGCUUGGUGCUCGCAUUCCACAUUCGGGGCACUAAUGACCCAAAGAUGAAGCCCAAUUUAGAUACCAUUGAUUGUAACUCCGUCCCGACGAGCAUGGUUACCCAACCAAAGCCAUUCAAGGUCCGAUUUCAACCCAGAGAUAAUGCUCAAUUGGAAGCAUGGAUUAAGGAGAGCCAGCAGAAAACUGCUUAUUUAUAA